GCAACCAGAGUGUCCAGAUUGGGUGGGAAAUCUGGCAACACUGUGUGAGGACCGCCAGCUGACACCACAUUGGCGAUCAAACAAGAAGCUGCUACCGCUUUCUGUCAGAUCGCCGUUUGUACCAGUCCACACAUGCUGUGAUCUGCAGUAAAUGAAGAGACCAACACAUGAAGGAUGCACGCUAGAGGAGCCAUCUGCUAAUGACCAUUCCGUUUUCGAGAACGUCCGUCUAGUCUCUUUCCCUUUCUCCCUCUCUCUUUCAGUUCCUGUGUGCGUAUCCACUCUGCCAACAUGGAGGUCAACCCGGUGUUGGUGGAGUCCUCUGUGGUCAUGGCCAUGGUACUGUGUGUCCACAUGUCGGUCUGGAACCAGCACUCCUGGUGCUGCAUAGCGCUGGUCAUCCAGGCGUUCUACGUUCAACACAAAUGGGACCGCCUGCUCCGCUCUGGCGGCGCCGUGUUCCAGUUUCGACUGACGGCAAACAGCGGCAUUGUCCCGGCCUCCAUGGUGAUGCCCCUUCUUGGCCUGGUGCUGAAGGAGAAAUGCUCCGCCUCCGGGUAUGUCUACUUUGAGCGGUUCUCCAUGGUGGUCACGGUGACCGGCAUGAUGCUGGCUCUGUUCCUGUCCCUCAUCGCUCUGGGCGUUACGAGGCCGGUGCCCACCAACACGUGUGUGAUAGCAGGUAUGGCAGGGGCCGCCAUCAUGUACUCCACCAAGCAGACCCUGACGGUGUCGGAGGUGAUCGAGGUCCUGGAGGUGCUGCUGAUCUUCGUGUACCUCUGCCUGAUCGUGCUGUACCUGCUGCCGCGCUGCUUCACCCCUGGGGAGGCGCUGCUCAUCGUGGGCGGCAUCAGCUUCAUCGUGAACCAGCUGAUCAAGCGCUCCCUGAGCCUGUCCGAGGCCAAGGGCGACCCCAUCAACUACUUCCUUCCGGUGGUGGUGGUGGGCUCACUGCUGCUGGGGGUCUUCUUCGCCCUGCUCUUCUGCUUCAUGGAGUCCGAAACAUGGGUGUCAUCGCUGUUUUUCCACAUGAUGACCGCCGUCUUGGCGCUGGGGAUCCUCAUGCCGUGGCUGGCGCUGUUCAUCGGCCGCCACCCCAUCAUGUGGCUGGUGGACUUUGUGACUUUAAACGAGAAGAGGAUGUGCCUCCUGGGCUACUGGCUGCUGCUGGCCAGCAUAGCCACCUGUGUGGUGCUGCACCAGAACUACAAGCGCCAGUCAGGUUCCAAGAAGCACCAGGCCUCCACCAUCGUCAGGAAGUACUUCCACCUCAUCAUUGUGGCCACCUAUGUGCCAGGGCUGCUGUACGACCGGCAGCUCCUCCACGUGGCCUCAGUGGGGUGCCUGGCCUUGUUCUUGGUGAUGGAGUACGUGCGGUACUUCCGCAUCCGACCCAUGGGGCAGCUCCUGAGGCAGCUUCUCACCUUGUUCCUGGACGAGCGGGACUCUGGGCCUCUGAUCCUCACACACGUCUACCUGCUCCUGGGCAUGUCCUUACCCAUAUGGCUGUACCCUGGCCCAUGUGCCCCUAAAGGGAUAUUACCGGGCGCUGGAGGACUGGUGCCAUAUGCUGGGGUGCUGGCCGUAGGAGUUGGAGACACGGUGGCGUCCGUUUUUGGCAGCACCAUGGGAGAGUUCCGAUGGCCUGGCACCAAGAAGACCAUGGAGGGCACCGCCACGUCCGUGUUCGCCCAGAUCAUCGCAGUGGCCGUGUUCCUCAUCUUUGAUGGGAGCAUCAAUCUGAACUCCACCUACUCGUGGAUCGUGGGCUCAAUCACACUGGUGGCCAUGUUGGAGGCGUACACCACCCAAAUAGACAACCUCUUCCUGCCCCUCUACCUCUUCAUCCUGCUGCUGCUCUGAACAGGGACCGUCGGGGGCUAAAUGAUACUAAUAAUAAUAUGGCUGAAUAAUGACUAAUGGGAUUUUUGACAUCUUUGAUUUCUGACCUCUAUAAUAGGAUGUGUUACUUUUCAAUAUAUCGAAGGGGAGUAAACAAUUGGAAAUUGGUAUUGAUCAAACAAUAAUGGUUCCCUUUAACUGGGAUAGGGAGGGUAGGGCAGAUCAAUCGCAAAAGUAUUGGGAUUACCUGUGCGGACAAAUGGUAAUGAUAACAUGGUAAUCCUGCUUAAUUAGUAAGACUAAGAACCACACCUCUGCCUUUUCAUUUGGUAAAGCUGCAGAUGUUUCAUCAGCAUGUCCAUUUUUGCCUAGAUCAAAAUCCAUUUCAAAUCACUUGCCACGGAUGGAGAUGUUCGUUUCAAGAAAGGAUGUUGAACAUGA